AUGCAAUCUGUUGCAGAGCAAGCGGAGGGCGCAGGCGCGGGGAGCGGGAAGGCGGCCGCUCCGUGCAAGGUGUGCGGGGACAAAGCUUCCGGAUACCACUACGGCGUCACUUCGUGCGAAGGGUGCAAGGGGUUUUUCCGGCGGAGUAUUCAGAAACAGAUCGAGUACCGCUGCCUCCGAGACGGGAAGUGCUUGGUCAUUCGGCUCAACAGGAACCGGUGCCAGUACUGCCGGUUCAAGAAGUGUCUCGCGGUUGGCAUGAGCCGUGACUCCGUUAGAUACGGAAGAAUCCCGAAACGGCGUGACGUCUGCACACCGGAGAGUAUGGCUGACCUCGCGAAGAACCUCAGCGGGAACCCGGAACCGGCGCCGUCCGCUGGUCCGGCCGCUGAAGAGCACGAGGUCGACGCGACGGAGGCUUCGAAGGACCUGGCCAAGAUGAUCAUACUCGCGCACCGCAACUUGAACUCUUAUACCGAGGAUUUCCGCCGGUCGCUGCAGCUUCAGACCUUCAUCAUGAAGGUGGAUGAUAACCGAGAAGGACAAGCUGGAAGCAGCAGUGCUGAUACCGCCCACUGCAGCAACGCCGUAUCAAGCAGCGAUUCAGCUGGUACUGCCAGCGUUGCUAAACCGGAGUGCGCCAAUGCCAACGAUGCUAACAAUGCACUCGCAGCCAACCGCCUGGAAACCCUCACAGUCCUCUGGUCGAACGUUGCCUACAGAAUGACCCCAGCUGUCCAGCAAGUCGUGGAAUUCGCCAAACGCUUACCAGGGUUUCAUAUCCUGCCGCAAGAUGACCAGCUUAUCUUGAUCAAGCUCGGAUUCUUCGAAGUUUGGCUGACACGCGCCACCCGCAUCUCGACGCCGACUGCUAUUGUCUUCGACGAUGGCACUUCUCUGAGUCACCGCCAGCUGGAAUUGAUGUACGAUACCCGUUUCGCCACCGGCAUCCUAUCUUACGUUCGCGCCGUCAUCAACAUGGAUAUGACUGAUGAUGAAGCAGCACUCUUCACAGCCAGCCUUCUCGUGUCCUCGGAGCGCUGUGGACUCAGCGAGAGAGACAGAGUUGAUACACUCCUGCGCAACGUUAACGACGCUUUUGCUUAUGUGAUGACAGAAAAUGGAACUGCAAACGUGGCGAAUCGCAUGGAAGCUUUCAACGCUCUGGCGCAAGAAGUCCGUCUCCUUGGUGACAGGCACCACGACUUGUUGAGCUGGUGCCGUCUGAACUGGCGUCGUCUGGACUUGCCUGCUCUCUUCUCAGAGAUAUUCGAUAUACCGAAGAACGAAGAGGAGUACGACCCGGAACGCGCUGGCUCUUCUUAA